AAACUGAAUAUAAAAAUCGGCUUGUCAACGCCUCGGGUGGCGCCAGUUUUGAACGGUGUUGUUUGAGUUGUCUGGCUGUUUUUCUGGGUGUCGCCGGGAUUGCAGAACGCGAUGACCGUCCCCUCUGCAGAGGAGCUGGACUCCUUCAAGUACAGUGACCUGCAAAAUUUAGCCAAAAAGCUGGGCCUCCGGGCUAACCUGAGGGCAGACAAGUUGUUAAGAGCCUUGAAAGCCCACCUGAACCCAGAAAUAAGGAAAGAAAAUAAAAAUCAGGAUGAGAAUCAGUCUUCUGCAUUCUCCGGUGAUGAGGCCGAGAUACAAAUUAGCUGUGAGGAGCAAGCUGAGAGGGAACCAGUCGAUCAUGUCACCAAAACAAGAAGGAAGCGCAAGACAGACCAUGAAGUUCCUAACUUCCAGGAUCAUUCUGCAAUAAAAAGAAGCGAUCCUACUACAUUACAGAAUCAAGAAAAGCAGGAAAACCAAGACCUCAGAACUACUACACAAGUUCCUUCUCUGCCAGACCAGAGCCAGGAAGACGGGAGUGCAACUUCCUCAGGAAGAAAUGGGGCCGAUGACAAUAGAAAUUCAAAGAGGCCUUUGGAAAAAAGAUCUCUGUGCAUGGAUGGGUUUUCCAAACUUGGAAACAAUAAAAGGACUGCAGCCACUACACCAAACUUUAAGAAGCUUCAUGAGGCUCGUUUUAAGAAAAUGGAAUCCAUUGAUGAAUAUAUUGUGAGAAAAAAGAAACACUUUAAAGGACACAAUUCACUUAAUGAACUAAAGCAGCUUGAGAAAAAAGGGAGAGGGACCCCCGUUCCAGCAAGAGGAAGACUCUCUGUUCCCUGUACUCCUGCCAGGCAGCAGUUCUCACGAGACCAGUUCCGUGGCCCUGAAAGUCAAGAUACUGUGUGUCUGAUGGGGUCAGGCAAACACUCUGUGCUUUCAGCAACUAAGAUGAAUGUCAGGUUUUCAGCUGCUACCAAGGAUAAUGAACAUAAGUACUCCCUGACCAAGACUCCAGCCAGAAAGUCUCCAUGUGUGACCCUAACCGGGAGUGCUUCAAAAGGCCAGGCUGUGUUCAGGACACCUAAGUUAAAGACCACAGAGAGGAAUUCUACUACUGCAGUUGUUACCCCAUUCAAGUUGGCAGCUGAAGCAGCACAGACUCCAGGCUCUAGUAAGAAACCAGUCUUUGAUCUCCAGGCAAGCUUGUCUCGGCCCCUCAACUACAAGCCACACAAAGGAAAGCUGAAACCUUGGGGGCAAUCUAAAGAAAACAGUUCUCUGAAGGAGGGUGUGAGCAGAGUUAGCUUCCACCGGAGAACUUACAAGCAGCCUCAUCUCCACACCAGGGAAGAGCAACGGAAGAAGCACGAGCAAGAACGGAAGGAGAGGAAAGCAAAGGUCCUGGACGCUCGCAGAAACCUGGUUAUGACUAAAGCCCAGUGAUCCGCCAAUCCCUUGACUCCCAACUUGUUUCUCUUUUGUAAAUGUUCAUCACCUCCUCUACUCCAGUCGAAAGCUCUCUUUCUACCAUAACUUUCGGGCAUAAUUUGUGGAGUAUCUUUUCUCUGUGUGCUAUAGCUCUGAAAAUACAUUCUCACUUGUAAGUUCAUAACUAAAGUGGUUUUCACCUAU